UCGGCCACCGUAGCCGCUUUCCGUUGACAUGAUUAUGAAAGUGUUAUUAUGAAAGUGUUUUUGUGUGUGUUGUGUGACAACUAAGCGUCACGCAUAUUAACGUGUGUAACAAUCCCAAGUCACUGCUUCCGGUAGGUUUUGUAACAGUGUCGAGUUAUGCAACUCUGACGUGACGUAAAGAGAGGAGCGGAUGUGAAAGAUGACUCAAGUGUGGCGGUCUGUGAGUGAGGCCUUAUGGGCGAUGUGCGCAGCCGACGCCAUGUCCAUGCCUGUCCACUGGUACUACAACGUCCAUGACAUCAGGAGAGACUUUGGUGGUUGGAUAUCUGGGUUCAGGUCACCCAGAACCGAACACCCGAGCAGUAUCCUCAGCCUGUCCAGCACCGGCGGUAGCGGCCGCACUUCUUGGUCAUCUGCUGCCAGUCAACAGGAGGUGGUGGGUAACAUCAUUCUUCAUGACAAAUUGCAAUUUUGGAAAUCCUCUAGUGGCUCCAGCCAUUAUCACCAAGGUAUGAAGGCAGGUGACAACACGCUCAAUGUCCUCUGUGCCCUCCGAGCCGCUCACGCGCUCGCAAGUGGAGGUUACGCGGACGCAUGGCAUCCCGAUGCUAGAGCCGCAGUGCUGGUGGACUACAUUCAGUUCUUGACCACACCUGGUACUCACAGAGACACCUACGCCGAGUCCUUCCACCGCUCAUUCUUCGCUGACUGGAACGAGAGCAGGCCAACAUCCAGCCGGGAGAUUCUAAUGUUUGCGGAGAGACGGUCAAAGCGGAAGCUUUGCUCCUCGCUACCCGACGGCCAGCUGGACGCCAUCGGCUGCCUUCCCAUGGUCCUGCCGUUCAUUCUGCUGUCAGCCUCCGCUAGUGAAAACGAAGCCGUUUCCGCUGCCGUUGAGUUUGUGAAGCUCUCCCACCCGCACCCCCGCGUGCCUUCUUAUGUAUCCAUCUACAGCAGGGCAUUGCAUGCAGUGCUGGGGGGCGCCAGCGUCUGCCGGCAGGCCGAACUCGCACUCGGGGAACUGGGAGUCUGGGAAACAUGCCAGGAGUACAGCCUACAGGCUUCCAGGUUGCCCGCGGCGUCAGUCGAACGACUGCGCGUCCAUCAGAUGGCCGUCAGUGACCUCGGCCUUGCCUGCUACACCAAAGGAGCCCUUUCCAGCAUGUUCUACCUGGCUCACCAGUUCCACGACGACCCCACGGCGGGAAUCCUGGCCAACACCAACUGUGGAGGGGAGAACUGCAACCGUGGGGCAGCACUGGGCGCCCUGUUGGGGGCAGGAGGAUCAUAUAUCAAUGCAACCAUCCCUCAGGACUGGAAGGAGAAGUUGAGGGAUGGCCAGGACUCUAUCCCCCACAUACUCAAGUAUCUGCAGUACUGAGUAUCUGGACUCUUCAC